AUGAGAGUAAAACGAAUAAAGUUAUGUGCUGAAAAUUCCCACAAAAGAAAUGGAUUCCGCGUUACAGUUCAAAAUAAUCCGGAAAAAACCGACAUUAAACAGACUUUUGCUGAAGACUUACAAGACACUAGGAAAUUAUUACCAGUAUAUGCUGUGAGAAUAAGGUUAAUGGAGGAAGUAAAAAAAAAUCAGACCAUGAUACUGAUUGGUGAAACAGGUAGUGGAAAAACUACACAAGUUCCACAGUUGAUUCAUGAACAGCGUAUUGAGGGAUUUGGGGCAAUUGCAAUAACACAACCACGGAGAGUUGCUGCUAUAACCUUAGCUUUGCGUGUUGCAGCAGAAAUGAAAACGGACAUAGGUUCAAUCGUGGGAUAUUGUGUCAGAUUUGAAGAUGUUACCAGUAACCAAACUAAAGUAAAAUAUUUGACUGAUGGUAUGUUGUUAAGAGAGGCUGUGGCUGAUCCAUUUUUGAAACGAUAUUCAAUUAUAAUAUUGGAUGAAGCUCAUGAGCGUACAGUAAACACUGAUGUUUUAUUUGGAAUAGUCAAGUUAGCUCAAAAAGAAAGAAGUGACAAGAAACUACUUCCUUUGAAGAUAAUAAUAAUGUCAGCAACAAUGGAUGUAGAUUCAUUUCGAAAAUACUAUGAUGAUUGCCCGGUUAUUUACUUGGAAGGCAGAACCCACCCAGUUACUAUAUAUCACACCAAAAUAAAACAAGAUGAUUAUCAGUAUGCCGUAGUUUGUACUAUAUUUCAACUGCAUGUGUCAACACCAGCAAACCAUGACUUUCUUGUAUUUUUAACCGGUCAGGAAGAAAUUGAAACUGUGAUGAGUAACAUUAAACAAGUUGCAAAAGAUGCUUUGGGGCCACCCAUAAUGGUUUGUCCUUUAUAUGCUGGUCUCCCAGCUGUAAAACAAUUGCAAGUAUGGAAGAAAACACCCCCUGGAUUUAGAAAAAUAGUAUUGGCAACUAAUAUAGCUGAAGCAUCUGUAACAAUUCCUCAAAUCAAAUGUGUGAUUGACUCUGGUGUUGUCAAAGAAAGGACGUGGUGCACUCGCACGGGGGCCGAGCGGCUGCGCGUGCGGCCGUGUUCGCAGGCCGCGUCGUGGCAGCGCGCGGGCCGCGCCGGCCGCACCGCGCGCGGCGCCGCCUACCGCCUCUACACCGCGCAGGACUUCGCCUCGCGGCCCGCGCACAACACGCCCGAGAUCGUAAGGUGUCCAUUAGCAGCAACAAUGUUACUUUUAAUUGCUACAGGAUUAGAUCCUAUCAACUUUCCAUUAAUGGACCCACCACCUGAUGAUUCCGUACAAGCAUCUCUGUUAUUGUUGAAAGAGUUAGGAGCUGUUGAUAAUGAAACAGAUCCAAAACUGACGAUUCUUGGGAAGAAGAUGACAGCAUUCCCAAUUGACCCAAAAUAUUCUAAGAUUUUAUUAUGUGCUCCGGAUUAUGAUUGUCUGGACGAGGCACUAAGUUUAGUUGCAGUAUUGUCGAGUGAAAAUGUAUUUCAUAUGCCUAUCCAUAAGAGAGAAGAAGCCUUGAAAGUUAAACAAAAAUUCAUAUCGCCCUUAGGGGAUCAUAUUACACUCUUGAAUGUUUAUAAAGCAUUUAGCAAAGCUGCAUUGAAAAAGCAAUGGUGUAAAGAGAAUUACCUUAACCACAAAAAUCUAUCAUACGCGCAAGAUAUAAGGGAACAGCUGCUAACAAUUUGCCAGAGAUUGAAUUUGACAGUCACCAGUUGUGGAUCAGCAUUAGACCAGCUGCUGAAGUGUUUGCUGAGCGGUCUGUUCACGAAUUGCGCGUGGGCUCGCAGCGGUGCGGGCGCGCCCGGCCAGGCGGGUGGGGGGAAAUACGUCACCGCGUCGGGCGCAGCGGCCUCCAUACACCCGGCGAGCGCGCUCUUCCCCGUCCGCCCACCGCACCCGGCGCUACUCUACACAGAGCUGCUGCACACACGCCGCUCCUACCUGGUCACCGUAUCCGCGAUACAGCCGCAUUGGCUGCACCAAGUGGCGCCCGACUACGCGAGGCGUUGCCGCGCCAACCGG